AUGGAGAUUCAUCGUAAAUUCACAUUUGAUAAUCCAGAAGAUAGUUAUUGGAACGCGAAUGGUCCCGCAAAUUCUUCAUUAUUCGAUGAAGUACCAUUCAACAUUAAUGCGGCUGCUGCGAGGAACGCAUUAGAGGAUUUGUUCGAGAGUCAAGUUCGGUUCAAAAAUGAAAAAGUGGCAAGUGAAGAUGGCAGCAUUUAUCGUGAUGAUUAUGGGCACACUUUAACCAAUGAUCACAUUUCAUUAAAGCUGAAAGUUUCGGAGCAGGAGACCGAAAUUCCUUCAGUAACUCAUAUCAAAGCUAUACCAUCUGCUGCUUCUAUCGUUUCGGAGAGUAGUGCUGGAUCAUUUUCUAGUGAACCGACCACACAGCUGGACUACUUGAGACUUAAGAGUGAACAUCGCAAGUUACAGAAACAUCUCGAGUAUGUUCGACAUGAAAGAUAUCGGCCAGCAGAACCUAGUGUAACUGUUCGACGCCUGAUAUGCGGUGAGCCUGUAUCGUUUGAUUUAUACAGAAGCAAGGAGGAUAAGAUGGAUUUGUUGGAUGCAGCUGUUGAUUCUCUUGACGGCAAUGCCAUUAUCGCAGUUGUUUUAUUUCUUCAGAGGACAUUAUCUGAACGUUUGUUUCGCGAAAUUUUGUUGGAAAAUGUUGUUGCAACUACACAUUAUUUAUCAUAUCUAAAGCAAAUCAAGGAUUAUAACCAAAUUAUUAUUACAUUGAUGUCGCUUGGUCGUUAUAUAGAGGCAUCGAUGCUGGAGUUAUCUAUAGCUUGCAAUCAAAAGAUUUCUGAAGAUCGUAUUCAGUGCUUGAAAUGCUGUUUUUCGAAAUUUAUUCAAUCACCCACAGAACAUGAGUCACAUGAGGCGAAACUUCUGAGCGAACAUAUUAGUUUGCUUGAAAGACAGAUCGCUAUCGAUGCAAAUGACGAAAUGGAAUGUAGGGAAGACAAAGAAGAAAAAUUUGAAGAAUUUCGGAAAAUCGCAUCAUCGUUAAUUCAACAACCAUUACUUACUACUAUAUAUUACUGUUGCUUUUAUCACUAUGAUUUGGCCGUGAACUCAUUCGCAAGUCCUCUUUCAUUGAAAGAAGUAUUCCAAGUUACCGAGAAACAAUAUGUGUGGAUGGCUGUUUCUGCUUUAAGUGCACUAAGAAGGUGGUUUGAUAUUGAAAGGAUUUUAACUGAAAAAAGGUCAUUAUCUGAUAGCAAGAUAAUUUGUCCUUUUGGUUGGAAUCAUCUGUUUGCAAUAAUUUUGCAAAACGGAGAACCCCCAAAAGAGAUACUGUGCAAACUUCUGCGUGCCAUACCGAGUUUAAAGGAGCGUCGGCAGUUUGCCGAACUUUUCGUCGGUGGCAGCGAUGUAGUAAUCGAAUGUUUGCUGGCACAAAAGGAUCGGAUCAAUCUUAAAAAUUUCACAGCGAAAUUAUCACCACAUACGGCGGAAACUUCGAAAGCUGUUAAUGCUGUCAACAACAUAGUUUCCUUUUUUUUGUUUUGGAUGUCAUUUUUGUAUAUUAAAUUGCAUACAAACCAUACACUUGCUACUUAG